GCAGGCUGUCUGUGAGCUCAUUGGCAGCUCGGGAGACACAAGGGCAGCAGAGGGUUGCAGGCACUGUGGAGGAUUGAUGCAGACUUCCUUUCCAUUACAGCAAGCAAAUCAAAGGAGCUGAGCAGUUUUAUUACAACCAGGCUUCCUUGCUUGUCAGAUAAAACGCUAGCGCUGCGACCUCGCACCCUUCCAGAAACUUCUAAAGCUUGAACUCCAAGACAGCAAUGGCAGCCGCCCACCGCCUAGUGAUCGUGCGUCACGGGGAGAGCAGCUGGAACCAGGAGAACCGCUUCUGCGGCUGGUUCGACGCGGACCUCAGCGAGAAGGGCACGGAGGAAGCCAAGCGCGGUGCUAAGGCCUUGAAGGACGCAGGCUACCAGUUCGACGUGUGUUACACCUCCGUCCUGAAGAGGGCGAUACGCACACUCUGGGCCAUCCUGGAGGGCACCGACCAGAUGUGGCUGCCGGUGAUUCGCACCUGGAGGCUGAACGAGCGCCACUACGGGGGUCUGACCGGCCUCAACAAGGCAGAGACUGCGGCCAAGCAUGGGGAGGAGCAGGUCAAGAUCUGGAGGCGCUCCUUCGACAUCCCGCCUCCCCCCAUGGACAAGGAGCACGCCUAUUACCAGAGCAUCAGCAUGGAGAGGCGCUAUGCAGGGCUCAAGCCGGGUGAGCUGCCCACCUGUGAAAGCCUGAAGGACACGAUCGCCCGGGCGCUACCCUUCUGGAACGAGGAAAUCGCCCCGCAGAUCAAAGCGGGCAAGAGAGUGCUCAUCGCUGCCCACGGCAACAGCCUGCGAGGCAUCGUCAAGCACCUGGAGGGCAUGUCUGACGCUGCAAUCAUGGAGCUCAACCUGCCCACUGGCAUCCCCAUCGUGUACGAGCUGGACGCCAAUCUGAAGCCCAUCAAACCCAUGCAGUUCCUGGGAGACGAGGAGACAGUGCGCAAGGCGAUGGAGGCCGUGGCAGCACAGGGCAAGGUCAAGAAGUAGAAUGGAGGCUCAAACACAGAAACACACAGCAAC